UUUUUUUAUCCCCAUUAGGAAUGUUCAAGACUGAUGCCAUCGUCUGUGUUGACCUAAAACCUCGCGAGAACUCGGAAGGCGGUGACGAACAACACGUGGUGGACUGUUAUAACCCCAUAGAGAAGAAGUGGGCAUGUCUGCCCCCCUUACCGAAGUCCGUGAUGUUUCCUGGGGUGGUGACUACCCAUGACAACGUACUGUAUGUAGCCGGGGGAACCUACAAGAAUGAGACAGUGUCCAACAAUGUCUACAGUUAUGACAUGCACAAGAACGUCUGGGUGCAGGAGCCAUCCAUGCUGCAUCCUCGCACACAGUUUGGGCUGGUGGCCAAUGGGUGUCAUCUCUACGCCAUAGGUGGGGACAGUAAUGGCACAAGCCUCUCCAGUGUGGAGGUGUACAACACGUUUACCAGAGAGUGGAAGGAGCUUUGUCCUCUGCCUCGGAAGAUGCGAUGCCACUCAACUGUCACACUCCACGGUGUCAUCUAUGUCCUAGGCGGCGAGAUCGAAAACGUGCUCAUGCAACGAAUGCUCUCCAAUCGUGUCUACAAGUACUUGCCAAAGUUUGACCGCUGGUUUGAGGAUCUUCCCAUGCAGAUUCCCCGCGCCCUUGCUAUGGCAACGGUGCUAAACAAUGCGAUUUACAUCAUGGGUGGGUUCGCAGAGCUCACGCAGAACUGGCUUAGCUUUUCCGACCCAGAACACGUCCUAAGUGCGACCGAAGUCUUUCGACCCGAGGAGAACUAUUGGUCUUUCGGGCCGCAUCUCCCAAAGGAAAUUUGCGCGGCAGGAAUUGUCACUUUACAGAACAAGAUAUUCAUCCUUGGUGGAGAGGGUGAGGGUGAUUUCUGGAACCAUAUUCUUAUGUAUGACCCAGAGCUUACGUACUGGACGCAGUUGCCGGACGUUUUGCCCGAGUACGUGAGCAGUUUCGGCUGUGCGGUGGCGAAGUUUCACAAUCUUGAAAUGAUCGAGGGAGUCAAGUGGUACAAGAGUGAAGAAAUGCCAUGGAUGUCUCAGAAUCAAAGGGUUGUGGGACUAUGAUUACAUGUAGAUGUAGAUAGGAUUGUA